UCUGAUAGUCUCCAUGCUAAUAUCAAUACGCCCCCUCUGCGGAUACCUCCGCCCCUCCUAUUAACCCCUUGUCCCCUGCUGACCUGGCUGCCAUGGCUCCUGCUUACAGCAUUGUUUGCGAAGAGGAUACGGGGCUUGAUCCUCCCCCUGACUUCACCCAGGCGUGGAAGCCUGCUCCAGGCUCUCCGAUGAUGCAGAGGGUGUGGAUGUUCUGAUUUACCGUGAACAACGCAUGUCAGGAGGCCAUUCCCUGCCUGUGCCCACGCACUGGCUGUACAUGCUGAGGCAAGGCGAACCGAGUGUGCAUUGCUCCAGUGAGCAGGAAGGCUGUGUGACACGGACGCUUUGAAGGCACCGGCAUGGCCGACCAGCUGACGGAGGGGCAGAUCGCAGAGUUCAAAGAAGCCUUCUCCCUCUUUGACAAGGACGGGGAUGGGUCCAUCACCACCAGCGAGCUGGGGACCGUCAUGCGGUCGCUGGGGCAGAACCCCACCGAAGCCGAGCUGCAAGACAUGAUUAGUGAGUUGGAUGCCGACGGCAGCGGCACGGUGGACUUCCCCGAAUUCCUGUCCAUGAUGGCGAGGAAGAUGAGGGACACGGACAGCGAGGAGGAGAUCCGGGAAGCCUUCCGGGUGUUCGACAGGGACAAGAACGGCUACAUCAGUGCGGCGGAGCUCCGGCAUGUCAUGACCAACCUGGGCGAGAAGCUGACGGACGAGGAGGUGGACGAGAUGAUCAAGGAGGCCGACAGCAACAGCGAUGGGCAAGUCAACUACGAGGAGUUUGUACGGAUGAUGACGGAGAACUGCUUGGUGGAGCAGACAGUGGUGCCUGACUGCCUGCACAAGGCAAUCGGCCUUGCAGUGACAUGUCCCAUGUGGUACCGAGACCACUUCAAGAUUAAUGAGUCUGCUACAGCCUUAGCUAGCGGCCAGGUGGCUUUUGACUCAUGCAGCACCGGCAUGGCCGGCCAGCUGGCGGAGGAGCAGAUCGCAGAGUUCAAAGAAGCCUUCUCGCUCUUUGACAAAGAUGGCGAUGGGUCCAUCACCACCGGUGAACUGGGGACCGUCAUGCGGUCGCUGGGGCAGAACCCCACCGAGGCCAAGCUGCAAGACAUGGUCGGCGAGUUGGACACUGACGGCAGCGGCACGGUGGACUUCCCCGAAUUCCUGUCCUUGAUGGCGAGGAAGAUGAGGGACAUGGACAGCGAGGAGGAGAUCCGGGAAGCCUUCCGGGUCUUUGACGAGGAUGGGAUUGGCUACAUCAGCGCGGCGGAGCUCCGGCACGUCAUGACCAACCUUGGUGAGAAGCUGACGGAUGAGGAGGUGGACGAGAUGAUCAAGGAGGCCGAUGCAGAUGGCAACGGGCAAGUCAACUACGAGGAGUUUGUGAGGAUGAUGGUCUCAAAGUGA